CGUGCCGGUGCCCACGCAGACCCUGAUCGGAGUGCCAGCUCGGAUGGGAUCCUUUCGGACGAGGAGAAGGCUCGGCUACAGCUGCUGGUGUUCACCUCAGGUGCUCCCUCGACCAUGGCGAAUCAUAUCCGCCGUUUCGAGAAGUUCGAGCGCUGGGCACAGCGGGUGGGGAUCGACUUCUAUCCGCUAUCUGAUGACAAGAUCCUUAAGGGGAAGCCGUUGAAGGAAGCGAAUCCUUUCGAGAUCCCCCUGGUGAUCGCCAUGGAGAAGUUCGUUUGCAGCGACAUCCACCCCAAGCCGGCUCGAAUUUUCAUGUGGUGGGUCCUGUGCAUGAUCUUCGCAUCUCUCCGGUUCGAUGACGCCAUCCACGUGAAGCCCCACGAGCUCGAGUUCCCGCUAGUCGAGCGGGAUUUUUGGAUCCCGGAAUUGGAUUCGAAGAGCUCUUGGCGGCCAACGUGCCCAGAAUACGCUCGAUCUCUCCAGUGGCUCCACCACCUGGUCUUCGUGGCAGGUAAGGGGGACGAGGUCGCACAGCCCAUCCUGAGCAAUAUCACCAACCUCUCGUGGCACUCCGCGCGGGUGACUAUGCUUGAUCAAGCGGUGCACUUCGAUCGCAGUGCCCAAGAGAUCGGUGUGCAGGCGAACUGGAAGAACCCCGGCCCGCUGGUUCUCAAGUACACGCGCUCGCGCAGCUCUCUGCCGGCAAAGAUGAUUAAGGAGCUCGUGCAAGAGAUCUCGCGCGAGUUCACGCCUGAGUGUGCUCAAGAAGACGAUGAGAUCGACGACCACGAAGACCGCGACGUCACCCUCACCGAGUUCUUCGUGAAAGCUCCUGAGAAAGGAUCUAGUGGUGCCGCUCAGAGUUUGCUCAAACCGCCAGCUCCAGCGAUCAUGGUCGACCGUACCGUCUACCCCGACAAAGACAAGGUUCCGGAGCUGGCUCUGCGCCAGAUCUUCGGACGCCAGAAGCUGCCCGAGCCUCUCUGCCUGCUCAUGGCAGACAAGGGUAUGCUCUUGGUCGAGCGCAUGGCCAUGCUCGGGGACAGCAUCGCCUCGGUCAAAGCGACUCUGAAGGCGAUCGUGGGUGAUGACAGCAAGUUCGGGCCAGACGGUCCUGCGCAAGAACUCUCGUUGACAUUGCUCACUGCUGUGUGGAAGUCUGCCUCCGUUCUUCAAGAGCACAUUUCUGCUCGCAGGGCGAAGAUGGAAGAAGAUCCUUCCAAGAUUCCAGAGAUUCCAGGUGAAGACCAUGCCGAGUUCAGGGAGAUCUUCGUCAAUCAACACCCUGACGUGAUCCUCACAUACAUGCGCGAGCCGCACCGCAAGUUCGUGGAAAGGAUUCAUCGCGACUACCUCGUCCACGGCGCGGUCGCGUUCUACGAAGUGGCCGAGAUGCGCACUCGUGCUGGUCGCAUCGUGCAGACGACAGGUUUCUCUAAGGCUUCCGAUGAUCUUCUAAGGGUCGUGCAAUCUGACAAUAAGGUGUCGAUCGCAUCGGACUCGGACGUGAUGGAUCGACUGCACGCCUUCUUCAUCGCGCUCGAGUACUUGAACAUCUGCGACUUCACGAUCGAAGCUGGCCCUCUCAAGUACCUUUCGGAACUUGAGGAGUGGCGGCAUGACAAUCGGGGUCUUGCUGUGCUCUUGGCAGCCGACUCUCUCAUCCGCAAGAAGGUCUACAAGUUGAACAAUGACAAACGCAAAGACUUUCCGUCCUUCUCGAUGGCGCUCAAAGAGGAGAACAAAGAGAAGGACAAGCCGACCAAGCCUGCCAUCAAGCUCACAGAGAAAGUGGCGCUCGCCGUUGUCCCUUCUACAACUGCUCGCUGGGAUGCCGAUUUGGUGAUCAAUGCCGCAACAAGCAUAUCUGCGUUCAGUGCGGGGGUGAUCACCCUUGGCACAACAACCACUGAGCAGCUUCCAAAGGCCCGGGGGAACUUGGUCUGGCUCCCUCGGCGCCUGUGUUGCACAGACCGCCAGGCAAUUUUGUGGAUCCGCCUCCGCCGCCAGCUCCUGCGGCGAAUGACGCUCCCCUUCGGGAGCCGAUGGCUGCUCAACUUGGCUCGCCUCCUCCGUGGGAGCGCUGGUCGGCGGUGCCUCGGGACCCCGAUCUCGUCAAAGAUCUUGGACCCUGGUUUGCUGGUCUUGCCGCCGAUCGAUGUGACACCUUCAGCUCUCGUGCUUGAGCCGAUCGACCUCUUGGAUGCAACGAUCUUUGACUUCUUGCUGCUCUUGUGCAGUUCUCAAGCAGCUCAGUGGCAGCUUACGCUCGCUAAUGAGCUUCUCUUCCGCUCUCUCGAGCUGUUCGUGGCUGUGGUCCAGGCAGGUGGGGAUGCAACUCUCGAGAAUCCAAGAUCGAGUUUGAUGUGGCAAGUUCCUCAAGUUCAACAACUCAAACUCAAGUUGCACCUGUAUAAUGUGGAUCUUGAUCAAUGUCAGUUUGGCUCGAUUUUCCGCAAGCCUACUCGCUUUCUGGUCAGCGACGCUCGCCUCUUGACUUUGGCUCGAACUUGCGAUGGUGGUCACACACACGUGCCUCUCAAAGGUCGAGUUCGCUCGGCAUCCAACGAAGUUGUGUUCUUGACCAAGGUCGCUCAGGAGUACCCCACGCAGCUCUGCCAUCAGUUCGCGGAGGUCACGCACUCCAUCGUCUUCGGCAUCUUCCCGCAGUUUCAGCCUUCGUUCGAGCUGGUUGCCCCUAAAUCUGAUCGCAAGCGUCGGCUCGGUGACGAGGUCGUUUGGAAAGGUCAUCGUCAGGAACAAGCUGCUCGUCUUGCUUGCUCAAGUGGGUACCAGCUCAAACGCGGAGCCGCUAAGCCGCUGCUCGAUGUGGAAUGCGAGCCAGGGGUCGCGAUCCAGUGGGCUCUUCAUACAGCUCACCCUUUCACAGUGCGGCCAGUUCUGCCAAACGACAUCCUGAGCAACAUCAAGACGAUCGUCAGCGAACCGGACGAUCUUCAAAAACGUCGAUGUGCUUGUCUUGCUUUCUGGCAGCAUCGAGCGCGGGAACUUCUGCCAGACACAGAUCGCGAACUUCGGCGUAUCCCGGAUCCCGCGCUACGCCGUCUCCUUCGUGGUGUUCCCGACUAUGUGGAUCUGCAACUGGGCUCCUGCACUCAUGUCAAGCUCUACGAGGAGUUCUCCAAGGCCAUCGGCUCGCCAGAUCCCCUGCUGCUCGAGGGUAUUCGCGAUGGCUUCCCGAUCGUGGGGGAUAUACAGCGCUCUGGUCGCUGGCCCCCGUUCGCCAAGCCGCAACAGACCGUGCCAGUGCAGGAAGCUCUCAAUCGGGCCUGGGAGUUUCGAUCGAAAAUUUUCCGUCGUUGUAAUGCUGUUCCAGUCUCGGACAAUCUCAGGUCGUUGUGGAAAGCUACGAUGGAGGACGUUCUCGAGGGCUCGACUGUGGGGCCUUUCGGCUCUGAAGAUGAGGUAUCCGAGUUUUUAGGCUGCUCGGAUUGGAUCCCGACUCAGCGCUUCGAAGUGGUUCAGAAGAACAAAGUUCGAGGCUGCGAUAGUGCCACCUCCAACUUGAUCAACAGGACGGCGGUGAUCGCCGAGAAGCUUCAGCUCGUCUCGACCGACCUCAACGUCGCCGUUCUCAGGGAGUUGCGGACGCGAGGCGGCGAUCGCGCCCUGGCUGGAUGGGUUCUUGACGAAAGGAAAGCCUAUCGUCAGCUUCCGAUUCGGCCGGAUCACCGAAAGUUCAGCGUGAUCUGCUUGAAGGAUCCUGAAGAUGGGAUCCCCAAGUACUUCGUCAUGAUCGGUCACUCCUUUGGUCUGGUGGCCGCGGUCUACAACUACAAUCGCCGAUCGGCUUUCAUCAAUGACGUUUUGGUCAAGAUCUUUGAAAUGGUGGCUUUCAAUUUCUACGACGACAAGUACGGGUUCGAGACGGCGAUCACGGCCCCCUCGGCGAAGCUCGCCGCAGAAACCGUUCACUUCAUCUUGGGGGCGCUCUUCGACGAAAAGAAGCUGCAGCUCUCUGUGGCCCCCGUGAUCUUGGGCGUAACGUUCAACUUGGAACGGCUCGUCCUUGAGAUCAAAGAGCAGAGGAAACAAGAGAUCCUGGACACGAUCGACUCUGUGCUCGAGCAGCACAUGAAAGAUCUUCAUGGCGAUCGCAUGGACCUCAACCCGGCGAUUGUUAGAGCUCUCAAGUACUGGAGGAGAUUGAUCCAGUUCGGGCCUCCGCGAGAGAUCUCGCUUCGUUCUGAGAAGCCAUCUGAUGUGGUGAUCUUCACGGAUGGUUUCACUCCUGAUCAGAGGAAGCAUGAGGUGGGUCCUGAUCGGAUUGGGGCGGUCAUGUUCGAUCGUCGAGCUCAGGCGCCCAAGCAGCUAGCUGAGGUGAUCCCACGUGUGAUCUCCGAGAAGUGGAUCCCGCGAAAGACGCAGAUUGUUCCUAUCGAGAUGAUCGCGCCGAUUCUCGCGAUCGAGACGUUUCGAGAUCAUCUGAGAAACAAG